UGCUGUUCGUCAUGCGCGUCCCCGCCCUCUGAUAAUGCAGCAUGGGGGAGAGAGCGCAACAAAAUGAAGGACUUCGCGGCCGUCGAGGGUCUUCAUAGCGAAAUAGACUAAACGACGAUUUAUUUUUCUCGGAUGGAAAAACCGUAGACAGAAGUCGAGUUGUACUUUAAGCGUGGAAGCCGCCGGCUGACCGUCUGACCGCCUGACUCGCAGGACAAACGGCUGGUCGUUUCAUCCGUCGUGAGUAGCAGGAUCGUGGUUGAUAGGACAGAGGAUUUUCGACAUAAAAAUGCAGUGAUGCACAAUGCCGAUAGUGGACAAACUCAAGGAGGCCCUGAAGCCAGGGCGAAAGGACUCGGGCGAUGAAGGCGACCUGAACAAGCUGCUGGCCUCUUCUGCCAAGAAGGUCCUGUUGCAGAAGAUUGAAUUCGAGCCAGCCAGCAAGGGCUUUGGCUACCAGCUGGAGACCCUGAAGACCAAGUAUGUGAUCUUGAACCCCAAGACCGAUGGGGUGUCGGCCCAGAGACCAGCAGAGCCUGCCCCCAUCAAAAGGCAGGCUCUAACUGACGUCAAUCUUCGGACAGUGUCGGACGGCCUUAGUGGGGGUCAGGGUGAUGGCAUCCCUGCGCCGCAGAAGCUGCUCUUUCCAGGGAACAAGCUCUCCAUGAAGUGGGAGCGGGUGUACCGGGUCGGAGCCGGCCUCCACAACCUGGGCAACACUUGCUUCCUCAACUCCACUGUGCAGUGUCUCACCUACACACCGCCGCUGGCCAACUACCUGCUGUCCAAGGAGCACAGCCGUGCCUGUCACCAGUCAGGAUUCUGUAUGAUCUGUAUAAUGCAGAAUCAUAUCAUCCAAGCCUUUGCCAACACGGGCAAUGCCAUCAAGCCUGUGUCCUUCAUCCGUGACCUGAAGAAAAUUGCUCGCCACUUCCGGUUUGGCAGCCAGGAGGAUGCCCAUGAAUUUUUGCGCUACACUAUCGAUGCCAUGCAGAAAGCUUGCCUCAAUGGUUACCCGAAGUUGGACAGGCAGACGCAGGCCACUACACUUGUCCACCAGAUCUUUGGGGGUUACUUGAGAUCAAGAGUGAAAUGCUCCAUUUGUAAAAGUGUGUCAGACACGUACGACCCCUAUCUGGACAUAGCGGUGGAGAUUCGGCAAGCAGCCAACAUCGUACGUGCCCUAGAACUGUUUGUCAAGCCAGACGUUUUGAGUGGUGAAAACGCCUACAUGUGUGCCAAGUGUAAGAAGAAAGUGCCGGCAACGAAGCGGUUCACUGUUCAUAGAACAUCGAAUGUGCUCACAUUGUCCCUUAAAAGGUUUGCCAACUUCAGUGGGGGGAAGAUCACCAAGGAUGUUGGCUACCCAGAGUUCCUGAACAUUCGUCCAUACAUGUCUCAGAGCUCAGGGGACCCAGUGAUGUAUGGCCUCUAUGCAGUCCUAGUGCAUUCAGGGUACAGCUGCCAUGCCGGCCACUACUACUGCUAUGUGAAGGCCAGUAAUGGACAGUGGUACCAGAUGAACGACUCGAUGGUGCAUUCCAGUAACAUCAAGGUCGUGCUCAAUCAGCAGGCUUAUGUCCUCUUUUACCUGAGGAUUCCUGAAAAGAAGAACACAGAUGGUCCAAGUGUAAAGCAAAACCUGGUGCAUUCUGGCAGGGCUAAUAUGACCCCGGAGCAGCUGAAGAAAAUCACGCUGAACGGCCCUUUGUCGUCUCCGCAGGUUACCAAGAAACUGGACACUGCUCAGCUAAGGAAGAUCCAGUCUGUGGACGGGGGUCUGGGUGUACCUGUUGCUCGAAAUGGCUCUGGCAUCCAGUCACCCAAGCUAGCUAACGGCACGCCUGCUGCCCACGCUGCGCCCAGGGUUCCGGGUGGCCCAUCACUGAUUGAGGAGCCCUUCAAAAAACUGAAGAAGCCUGCUCCUCAGCCCCAGGCCCGUGGCUCUGCACCUAGCGCCUCCUCCAACGGGAUCGCCAAGUCCGACCCUGACAAGAGAGGCAGCGGCGAGGGCCGCAGUCUGGUGCUGUCUACCUCACUCAAGUCCCUGUCGGACUCCUCGUCGGCGGACACCUCCUCAGAGUCCAAGGAAUCGAUCGGCACCAGAAGUGCUCCCGUGGGAGAUGUGUCCGCCCUCUCCAAGAGCAGCGUGAAUGGGACGGCCUCUCCGGCUAAAAGUGCAGAGCGAGCAGCUACGGAGGAGCAGAAGUCGGCGAAGCUGAAACCGCCGGCCCUCACCAACAUCUCGUCCGAACCCAACAGCACCAUGUCUCCUCCUCCCGCCAAGAGGCUGGCCCUGUCCGCCAAGAAGGCCAGUCCCAGUCUCAGCCUCAGCCUCAGCAGGACCCCGAACAACAACAGCAGCAGCAACCGCCGCAGCAGCACUGAGGCAUCGCCCUCCUCAUCACAUCAUCAGUCCCGUGACCCUACGCAUCCAGCUGAUUUUCACCAUCUUGCCCCCGCUUCACCUUCCCAACACCACAGGGUUCCAUUCCAUUCACCCAAGCUGCAGCCUCCACCUGUGAUGCAUCUCUUUAAAAAUACAAGCCCCCUUAAACAGCUCUCCUCUUCCUCAAAGAAUCCCACACUCUCUUCGCCAGUCAGCGAGUGUAAGCCCCACCCUACCAGCAUUGCUGGACCAAUCAAGAAAACUGCAGAGUCCAGUGCAGGCAAUUCUGAUGGACUUUGUGUCAUGUUAAAGAUGAAGAAGAAGAAGAAAAAGAAGCGGCGCCACUCAGAAGUAGAAGCCCCCGUCGAUGAGCUUCCUGCCAAACCCCUGCAGGCGGAGCCAGAGAGCAGACAUGAAAAGAAGAAAGAAAGGAAACGGAAGAAGAGGAAAAGAGAGGAGGAGCUGAACGGACUUGAGGCUCAGGCAGAGGGUGUGCAGUCCCAUCUUGAGCCGCCCCCUCAAGAUGAAGACUGGUGCCUUGGAGACACAUGGGGGGUCAGUGUAGAUGCUAAAGGAAGUACCCAACGGCCAAAAAAGCUGUCAGAACCAUCCACAGAACCAAAACCGUCUCCGCCCAAGGCCCAACCCGAGAGUCAGUCAGAGCCCCAACCAACUCAGUCGUUACUUUGCGCUGGACCAGCCCUGCAGGGCUUAACCUUAAAAAAGAAGAAGAAGAAAAAGAAGAAGCCCAGAAAGGAGCUGGACGAGCCCGAGGGUGAACCUGAAAUUUCUGAAAGUAGUGCUGGAAGAAGUGGGACGAUGCAAACGGAUUCAGAGUUGGGGGAUUUGAGUGAGUCAAAGACGAAAGCCAAAAAGAGGAAAAGAGAAGAGGCCAAGCUGAGAGAACCCAAGGUGUCCCACAAAGACCCUGCUGGAGAUGAGCCGUUUGGUCAGAACCAUAUGGAGAGAGAGAAGUCCAAACCUACCACAGGAUUAGCAGCCGUGGUGGUCUGGGACAGCCAGGUUAAAGACGGCUACAAGCUCAGCAAGAGCUCUGCGGGAUCGGAAGACUUGGAUGAGAAAAGGCCUCGUCCCGCCUCCGUGGCUUGGGACGGAAAGAAGAGCUCUGAUGUGGUCGAGGAGCUCCUUAAGAACGCCACAGAUAAAGCUUAUGGAACUGAAGUCCUCAGCUGGGAGGGAGAGCGCUCCGCAAUCAGCAGAGACGCCAUCGAGGAAGCCCACUAUGCUAAACACGACACCGUACUUGAUGAAUGGGACGAGGAGUUUGACAGUGGGAAGGUGAAGAAAAUAAAGAGGUACAGAAAAGAGAGGAGAAGAAGUGGCAAUGUCUUCCAGAAGAUCCAAGACCGUCGCCAAAUGUGGUCCGUCACACCAGGAGGAAGGAGGAACAGUUUGGGGUAUCGCUACUGAUGUGAGGGUUUCAUGAUGGGAUCUUGCUCGUGCUCCCUGGUGACAGCUUGCCUUAUUGGACAAGAAGCUGCGUGGUCUCUCCGAGGACCGCAAUGUGCUGUGAAGCAGAGGCCAAAAUCGUCUCUCGGGGGCUGAGUCCAGUGUUUGGAGUCCAGGCCCCUCGUUGUGGCAGUAGGGUCAGAUCAGCUUAAUAAAUGGCAUUAGUCACACUGAUCCAGCUGAUGUCUAUGAUGAGAUACUGUACUGUAGCCACUACCUUGCUUAUCAGGACAGGAGGGAAAGUAUGACCUGAAAACUGACAGUAAUGGGUAACGGUGCUUUUAUGGGCUAGUGGCACAUUCGGGCGUAGACCACUGUUUCGUACUGCCUCCCACUUUAUUUACGCAGGAGCAAAAUCAUGUUCUUGUGCUUUUUUGUUUGUUUGUUUGUUAUUGUAUUGUUUUUUUUUUCUUUUAAAGCUCACUGAAGCACAGUGCUGAAUGUUGGACAUUUAGAACAUUUCCCAAGUCAGAAGUAAACUCGGAUAUCCAGAAGAACAAUACAGUACAUACCAAAUAUGUAAGAACACCAUCAGUCAUUUCUCAGCAGUGAGUGCUUCUGAACAAUGUGAUCAUUUAUACUUCUUUUUCUUUUAUUAUAUUUUUAAUUACUUGCAUAAUUUGGACCUCCUCGGAACCAAAUGGACUGUUGAAAUAUUGUAAUGUUAGCCUUGCUGAACGCAUUGCCCUUUUUAAUAUGCAGCAUCGCUUAAAGCCCCAGAAUCUUCCAUUGUGUUGUGGGUUUGCCUUAUUUGAGUUGAAUACUUUCCGAUGUGUUCAGAAGAAUUUGAAUAUGAUGGGAAUCUUCUUCAAGAGAAGACGGUGCCCUUUUCUGUGUUUAAUCUCAUGUUAUUCGUCUGCUCUGUGUUGGAGCAAAGCAUAUCCAAAGGUUGUGAGCUUAGGUCACCUUUUUAAUUGGCCGUACCCUCGUAAGGUGGAGAAUUGGUCAGCACACUUUCUUGCAAAACGUCGAUCCGUUUCACCGUUGGAGGGGCUGCGUUGGCUGCACUCCACCCCAUGGAAUUCAGCAGGGAGGGUUAUAGCGCAUAUCCCAUUGCCACUCUUUCUACUCUAUGCAAGUCUCACAGGUCACCUGAAACCGGGGGUCCACCUCAGGAAGCGCCCCGCAGAAGCCGGUCUUAAGAGAACAUCGCUUUCUGUGUCCGUCCGUCAAGCCUUCUGAACGAACCCAGCCCCCCUUUCCAGUUUUCACCCGCUCCUUUUCCCCUCAUCCGUCAUUCAUGAUGCAGAGAAACCUCUCUGUAAUUGUACUAUAGUGCUUUGGGACAAAAAUAAUUCUAUUCCAGAUACUUGACCACAGCCAAGUCGUCGAUUAUUGAGAGUAAGAUGUGACGCUUUCUUGACUAGAACAUUGUACAGUCCCACUCGUGCGCUCUGUGACUUCCUAAACAUCCUUGUAGUCGAGAUUUAUCCCCCCCAGUACUUCCAUUUUAGAAAAGUUGCCUUGAAUUGAUUCCUAAAAAAGAUGAGUAGAAGAUCUCGAAAGUCCUACUUUUUCUAAUUUAAAAGCGAGACGCUUAUUAAAAUGCACAUUCAUUCGCAGAUGAAACCUAAUAUAUUCUAUAAGGUUUGGAACUGUUAUCUGGAGAACCUUCUCAGUGCGUAGAUGUACGGGUGUCCUGUUUGAGAGGACGUGCUCUUCUCGGCAAGGAGCCUCGUUUAAAGUCUGAAAGAGUAAAAAAAUAAAAAUAAAGCUGAGUUCUGUAGACUGUGUUGCUGUUCUGUUAGAAAUGUUGCGAGAUCUUUUUCAGCGGCACCGACGCCGAAGAACACGCUCCGACCUCCGAUUCAUGUCAUAUUUGCACCGCUGAUUCUGUACCUUUACGCCGCCUUUUCAAGACUUAAGAGACAUUCGAUAUCGAGGAUACAUGAAUAUAAAUAUACUGGUGCAAUAAAGUUGUGAUUUUUGUGAAAAAAAAAAUAAAAAAACAUUCUGUG